GAGAGCGGUGCUGUAGCGCCUUUAUGUGCGCGAGUUGGCCGUUAUGUGUCGUACUUCGAAACAAGUUUGACGGGAAAUUCGUUAAGUUUUCCGAUUGCAUCCGGACUAGCGUAGAGAUGUGCGCGUAUAUACUGAACCAAAUAGUGACGUAUUAAUUAGUGACAGUUUUUAAGUUAGUUUUUAGAAAUGUUGUCAUUUGGAUUAUUAACUGUGUGGUAUGCAGCAUGGAGUUGGAUGUACCUGGGUGCUGGUGGGGCGUCUUUGACGAGUCGAGUGGCGGAGGCGCCGCAGGAGUGCGAGUGGCAGCGUGUAUCGGGAGGCGCCGGUGAGCCCACGCGAGUGCAACUCGCUUGCUCGCUCCGGACCGCCGCAGGCGCCACCGACCUGCUGGCUGGUCUUAGCACCUCGCAGGCGCAGCGAAUUACUUCUUUGGAUCUACAUUGCACGGAUGUGCUUUUCUUUGAAAGUUCAUUGGAUGUUGGCAGAAGAAAAGAGGAGGGAACUGAACUUCUGUCAAGAUUUCACAAUUUAAAAGAAAUGAGAAUCGAAUCAUGUAAGAUAAGAUACGUGCCGUCGGCUGUGUUGUCGCCGCUUAGUGGGUUACGAAGUUUAAGUAUUCGUACACAUAAUACGGAUUGGUCAGCUAUGUCUAUGGAGUUUCAUCGUGAUUCUUUUCGAGGGUUAACUGAUUUGAGAAACUUGGACUUAGGAGACAAUAAUAUAUGGAUUUUACCUUCUGAGAUAUUUUGCCCGUUGUAUAAUUUAAAGGAAUUAAAUAUAACACAGAACAGAUUGCAGGAUAUUUCGAAUUUGGGCUUUUCGGACUGGGGUAAUGGUCCAACGGCACCUGGAAAGUCCUGUAACACUGUAUUGGAGACCUUAGAUAUGUCAUAUAACGAAAUCAGUGCUUUGCCCGAUAACGGCCUUUCAAGUUUACGCGCACUUCAGAAAUUAUUUAUGCAGAAUAACAGAAUAUCGAAUGUAGCGGAUCGUGCUUUUGUGGGACUAAGUGAUUUACAAAUUCUUAAUUUAUCAACUAAUGCAUUAACCGCUUUACCACCAGAAAUGUUUCAAUCUUCGAGAGAUAUUAAGCAAAUUUAUUUAAAUAAUAACUCAUUAAGUGUACUUGCGCCUGGAUUAUUGGAAGGAUUGGAUCAAUUGCAAAUAUUGGAUUUAUCUUUUAAUGAAUUAACCAGUGAAUGGGUUAACAGAGAUACAUUUUCCGGCUUGGUUCGACUUAUAGUUUUGAACCUAUCACAUAACCGAAUAACAAAAAUAGAUGCGCUACUAUUUCAAGAUUUAAAUAAUCUUCAGUUUUUAAGUUUAGAAUUUAAUAACAUUGCGCGAAUAGCAGAUGGCGCUUUUUCUAAUUUAAAAAAUCUUCAUUCUCUUUCGUUGGCGCAUAAUAAUAUAAUUGAAGUUGACAGUAACCAUUUUUCUAAUUUAUAUGUAUUGAAUCAAUUAUUUCUUGAUGGAAAUAGAAUCAAUAAAGUGGAUUUGCGUUCGUUUGAAAACAUAACGAAACUUCAUGAUUUAGGUUUAAGUGGUAAUCAGCUGUCUGAAGUACCAGAUGCCAUAAAAACACUAAGAUUUUUGACAUCUCUAGACUUAGGAAUGAAUAGGAUAACAAAAGUAACAACAAUGCAAUUCGAGGGCUUGGAUGACUUAUAUGGUUUACGUCUUGUUGGAAAUAAAAUCGAAAAAAUUUCAAAGGAUACAUUUUCUGCCUUGCCAUCUUUACAAAUAUUAAAUUUGGCUUCUAACAACAUCGACCAAAUUGAUGAUGGAGCUUUCGCAUCAAACAUGCAGUUAAAAGCUAUAGGGUUAGAUGGAAAUAAAUUGGUUGAUUUAAAAGGCAUAUUUACGAAUACACAGCCUCUUGUAUGGUUAAAUGUAUCCAACAAUGAGUUACUUUGGUUUGACUAUAGCCACAUACCAACCAAUCUCGAAUGGUUAGAUAUGCACGAAAACAAAAUAGAGAAGCUUGAAGAUACCUAUGGUGUGAAAGAGACAUGCAAUGUUAAAAUGCUUGAUGUUAGCAAUAACAAGAUUCGGAGCAUUGAUGAAUUCUCAUUUCCUAGUAGCAUUGAAACUGCAGUUUUAAAUAAUAAUCACAUUGAAAAAAUAAAUCCCGGUACCUUCUUGCAAAAAUACAAUUUAAACAAAGUGAUGCUUUAUUAUAACAAGAUAAAAACCUUGGACGUUGGUGCCUUCGCAAUAUCGUCUGUUCCAGAGGACAAGGAUUUACCAGAGUUCUAUAUAAGCGAAAACCCUUUUGAAUGCGAUUGUACAAUGGAAUGGCUCCAGAGAAUUAAUCAAUUAAGUGACCUCCGACAACGACCCAGGGUAAUGGACUUAGAAAGUGUAAGAUGUUCUUUAACACAUUCACGGAGCAAUUCGGAUAUGCUUUUGCUUGAAGUUAAGUCUUCUGAAUUUUUAUGUGAAUAUGAUUCCCACUGCUUCACCCUGUGCCAUUGUUGUGAUUUUGAUGCUUGUGACUGCAAGAUGACUUGUCCAGAUAAGUGUUCAUGUUAUCAUGAUCUCACUUGGAACUCGAACGUGGUCGAUUGUUCGAGCGCUGGCUACGAUCACGUGCCAGAACAAAUACCAAUGGAUGCAACCGAAAUUUAUUUAGACGGAAACGUUCUUAAAGAAUUAGGAAAUCACGUAUUUAUCGGUAAAAAACGAUUACAAGUUUUAUAUCUGAACAACAGCAACAUCAAUACGAUACAAAACAGAACAUUUAACGGAAUUGAAUCGUUAAGAAUUCUUCACUUAGAAAACAAUAACUUAGAAGUGUUAAGAAAUACCCAGUUCACAAGACUUCAAAAUCUCAACGAGUUAUAUUUACAAGAUAACAAAAUUAGAGUAAUAGAAAACGAUACAUUUAACUAUCUACCAUCUUUAGAAUUUUUAAAUCUAGACAAUAACGGAUAUGUUGAUUAUAUGCCUUGGAGAGUCAUCACGGACAAUGACCCUCGCACUCGUGUGUCUGUAGAAGGGAAUAACUGGGUAUGCGAUUGUAAAGACGUUGCUCCGUUGAAUCAAUGGCUAAUAAAAAAAUCAAAGGAUACCGAGAACAUGAUGUGCUACUUUGCUCAUGGCCAGCCGAUGAAUAAAACUAUAGCGACCGUAUCUAAGGAAUGUAAAACUGAGACCACGACAGAGGAAACAGGGACAGAAACUUUAGAUCGGUUGUUUAUCGAAAGUAAGGACGGGGUCGAAAAUUAUAUUCCUUAUAUUGUAGUGAUGAUAAUAUUAAUAAUAGUAUUGUUCUUAAUGUGUGCGCUACUUUAUAUGUUUCGUGAAGAUUUUAAAUUGUGGAUGCAUUCAAAAUAUGGCGUACGAGUAUUCAGUUCGACGUCAAAAGAUGUAAACGAUAACAAGAAUAAACGUUUCGAUGCGUUCUUUGUUUACAACUUGCGGGACGAAGAUUUCGUUACACGCGCCGUAAGUUCCGAAUUAGAGAAUUCGGGUCAUACUUUGUGCCUGCAACAUAGAGAUUUACAAUUAAUCGAGAGACGUUCUAGUGAUAGUUUAGUUAGUGCAGCAGAGAGUUCAAAAAGACUUGUGAUAGUAUUAUCUAUAAACUUUUUACAACAAGAGUGGUACAAUCCAGAGUCGAAAGCGGCGGUCCAAAGUGCGAUUAAUUCAGUGAACGUUAGACAUAUACGUCAAAAAAUUAUAUUCCUCGUGACUAUUGACUUAAGUGCCAUAAACAUUGAUCCAGACUUAAAAGUGUUGCUUAAAACGUGUACAGUGAUUGUGUGGGGUGAAAAGAACUGUUGGGAAAAACUAAAUUUUUGGUUGCCUGACGUUGACGUCACGUUACCAAAUCGGACGCUGCAUAAUGCGAAUAAUAUGAAAACUGGUAAUAGGGAGGGGUUUGGAAGGCACGGGAACUUAAGGUACACGGCGCCUCCAACUUCUCAUGAUCCUUGGUAUAAAUACGGGAUGGCACCUCCCAUUCUAAUGAUGUCAAGUCCAAUGCACUCGACUAGUGCCAGUGCUGAGGUGUCCGCCCGAAGCACUGAAGACGAGACGUGCUCGGUAGCCAGUAGUGAAGGCCGACCUGACGACCGGUUGCCUCACCAUCAUAGUUAUGUCUCUAUAGAUAACCACCAGUGUGAAGAGCGGCCCCUUAGGCCCGCUCAACAAAUACCUAUGUCAAAUACACGACCCACUAACGUAAGAAAGACUUACUUUGUAUAAAAUUAAAAAAAAAUGUGAUUUAUUCUAAAUGUAAAUAUUAAUUAAUUUAAUUUAAGUAGUUUUUUUUUAAUUACGUAUUAAAAUAUUAAGAUAUUAAUCUGGUGCUGAAUGCUAAAUAUAGUAAGAAUUGAAGGUUGUCUGUAACCUUUGUUAUCAUAUGUUACUUUCCAUUUACAAGUACUACAAGUACCUUAUCAUUGAAUAUAGUUUAUUUAAUAGUAUUGAAUUGCAUUUAUAUAUUAAAGUACCUGUUCAUUAAUAUUGUCAUCAAGAGAAAUGCUUUUCCAUGUUAUUUGUUACAAAAUAAAACAUUCCUUUUUAUAUAAUGCCGAUUACAUAAUCUUGUAAGGUUCCUCAGUAAUCCUGUAAAUGUAAACAGGAUAUAACGACUAAUUUGUGAUAAUUUAGGUACUUAUGUUUGUCCCUACGAUUACAAGUGAGAAGUGCUUGUAACGAAAUGAUAUAAUAUUUUGUAAAUAGAAUAAUUAUCAUGUAAAAUAUGUCGAAGAACUGAAAUGUACCCUAGUCAAUUGUAAAUAGCUAUUCUAAAUAUAAGUAUAUAAUUUGUGAUGUAAUUAUUACUUAGAAUGUUAAAAACGUAUUUAUUACGCUUCCAAAACGCAGAGUAUAAAUAAAUUAAUAUUUUUGUCUA